GAGAACCAUUUCUGUACAUGGGAUGAAUAGUCCUAGGACAAGGGGUCUGUGAAGACCCUGGCUGGGCGAUGAGGAGCAGCCCAGGCCUCCACAUCUCUUUUUUAGAUGAAUUUCAGAUCAUGAAGCAAACAGUCAAAGGUUGUGUGUGGAGCUCCCUGAUGCUGAAGGCACCUCCUCUGGGAAGGGGGAUGAGCCGAGGAGGAGUCAUACACAACACAGGGGCAAGAAGAAGAAGAAGGAGAGAGGGUUCUUCUAACAGGAUCCUAAAAGAUCUCCCAUCCCCCUAGGUUGUAGGGUUGGUUUUGUCACACCCUCUAGGGUGAAGGUAACACAUCCACCGGCUGCUGAGGACUCGCAGGAACAUGUAGGACUCUUCUGCUGGGACUUCCCUGCACUCUCACUUCUCCUCCGUCCAACUUCCCAAGUGUGGCUCCAUCCUGAGGGAUGUGAGCCUGCUCUGCGGUGUCCAGCCCUGGGCAUGCUGUGCUGGCUGAUCCCACUCCUUCAUUUCUGCAGACGGAAAUGGGUUGUUGAGGGCUGAAUUCCUGAGGUUGUGACUCCUCUCAUCACACGGGAAGUUUGACAUUUGUUUGUGUGGCUUGUGCUUGUUUCCUGGACAUCUUGGUCGCGUUCCAGCUGUAGGAAAAGUUCAGUCCUGCUGUAUAAUCGCCUGUAUUUCCCAGGAUUGAAUCUAUAGAUAUAUGAAUCUACUAGUGGCUGGGAUCUUCUGGUGUCUGGAUCACACUUGGGUACAUUCCUUGUAUUCCCUUCACCAUGGCAUUCAAAGCUCGAGCCCUAUAUGAUUUUCAAAGUGAAAAUAAGGAAGAAAUCAAUAUCUGUGAGAAUGAGGAACUACAAUUGCUGAGUGAUGUUUCUUUAGAUGGAUGGCUUCAGGGCACAAACAGCCGUGGUCAGACAGGACUUUUUCCGGCAUCAUAUGUGGAGAUGAUUCAACCACACCGUUCUGGAUCAGUCCAAGUAGACUACCCAACACACCACACAAGCCACAAGGAUGCCACUCAUCAUGGGAGCUACGAUGAAGAUGAAGAUGAUGAUGAUGACUGGGAUGAUUGGGAUGAUGGACAGUCUGUGGCUGAAGAGCCCAGUGGUUCAAAUGGGGUUCCACAUAGUCAGACACAGCACCACUAUUACCCAAGACCUGAGUAUGCUCACCGACCACGACCACAGCUAGAACGUCAAGAUAGCAUAGCCAGUGGGAAGAAAGGUAGUGUGGUGGGUCGAAAUUUAAACAGGUUCUCCAGUUUUGUAAGGUCCGGUGUGGAAGCCUUUAUACUUGGAGAUGUUCCUCAAUUUGGCAGAGUCUCUGAAAACUAUGUUGUUGAGAUGGGACCCAAGGGACCACAAUGGAAGCCAAAUCCUAACUCUUUCAUUUGCUCUGUGGAGGAGCCUACCAAACAAACAAAGUUCAAGGGGAUUAAGAGUUACAUCUCGUACAGGCUGACUCCUGGUCACACUAACUCUCCAGUUUACAGACGAUACAAGCACUUUGACUGGUUGUAUAAUCGCCUCCUGCACAAAUUCACCGUCAUUUCUAUUGCGCACUUGCCAGAGAAGCAGGCUACAGGACGCUUUGAAGAAGAUUUUAUCCAAAAGCGUAAGCGUAGAUUGGUUCUGUGGAUGGAUCAUAUGACAAGUCAUCCAGUCCUUUCUCAGUAUGAUGGUUUUCAGCAUUUCCUAAGCUGCCGUGAUGAAAAACAGUGGAAAGCUGGCAAAAGGCGCACGGAGAGGGAUGAAAUGGUUGGUGCCAGUUUUUUGCUGACCUUGCAGAUACCUACCGAACAUCAGGACCUCCAAGAUGUAGAAGAACGUGUGGAUACUUUUAAAGCCUUCUCAAAAAAGAUGGAUGAAAGUGUCCUCCAGUUAACCAGUGUAGUCUCUGAGCUAGCACGUAAGCACUUGGGAGGCUUUCGUAAGGAGUUUCAGAAACUUGGUGGUGCCCUACAAAGUCUAAGCCAUUCCUUCCAGCUAGACCCGCCUUUUGCCUCUGAGCCACUGAUUGGAGCGAUUUCUCAUACUGGGCGCACCUAUGAAUUAGUAGGAGAAAUGUUUGCGGAGCAACCCAAAAAUGAUCAGUUUAGAUUUCUUGAUACACUGUCCUUGUAUCAAGGAUUGCUUUCCAACUUUCCAGAUAUCAUUCACCUACAAAAAGGAGCAUUUGCAAAGGUAAAGGACAGCCAGCGCAUGAGCGAUGAAGGGAAGAUGGAGCAAGAGGAAGCUGAUGGAAUCCGGAAAAGGUGUCGUGUAGUAGGCUUUGCUUUGCAAGCAGAGAUUAACCAUUUCCAUCAGAGGAGACUGCAAGACUUUAAACUGACGCUCCAGCAUUAUUUAAAGGAACAGAUUAUGUUUUAUAGGAGGGUGAGCCAGGAGCUGGAGAAAACUCUAAAGAUGUAUGAUGACUUGUGACUUGGACUUGGUUUGUGUCGCCUGUUGAACCUUUUUUUGAGAACUGAGAUCAUCUCUUCCAUCCCUUCCAUGUGCACUCCAAGGACACGGUUAUGGAAUGGGCAGAAGGGAAAGUUGCAAAUUAUUAACUUAGACUGAAAUUUGGUUAUAGGAAAAAAAAAACUGUUUUAAGAAAAUGUAGGUGUUUAUACUGGUUAAAUAUGCUGCUGUGCUAUGAGAGCAAAAUAAAGAGCUUUAUUGUAUAUU